UUAUUUAAUAUUUUUGAAUAGAACCAUCGUGUCCUGAGCCACCGAUAGAGAUCGUCGCUAUUCAACUUUGUGUGUUUGAUUCGUUUCGCGCACGUUUGAUGGCACCACGCGCUCGAUGCUGCUGCCCCCGCAAAGUUCCCCCGGAGUUUUCUACCGCUGGUGGUCCAUAAAAUCGGCCAUUACAUCAACAUUUUUGUCGUGCAACGAGCAGCUACAAGCGGUUCGCGAUGGGAAAAUUGCGACCGACCUGGUGAACUAUUUCUCUCCCCCUUCCCCGGCAUUGGUCUGUAUGAUGUCUGACGCUACCACGGAAAGCAUGAUCGGGAAUAAUAGGACGAUGCCCAACAUCAAGCAGGAAAUCGAUAACCCAACGACGCCCACGCAAAAUUAUCAAGUAUGCUCGCCAACCACGACUCUCCAACAUCAGGAGUCAAUAUGCACGAAGUUGGAUAUUCCGGCGGAUUAUGGCGGUAGCAGCGGUAGCCCUGAAAGUCCAGAAAUGCAUCAUUGUUCCUCGACGACGCAGCCUUUAGGUACCCCGGAGGACGGUGUUAAGGAAGAGGACAUGAUACCCAGGAGACUCUGUCUUGUCUGCGGUGACAUCGCGAGCGGUUUUCACUACGGGGUCGCCUCGUGCGAAGCGUGCAAGGCUUUCUUCAAGAGAACUAUACAAGGAAACAUCGAGUAUACUUGUCCAGCGAACGGCGAGUGCGAGAUAAACAAACGGAGACGAAAAGCGUGCCAGGCGUGUAGAUUUCAGAAAUGUUUGCGGCAAGGAAUGCUGAAGGAAGGCGUGCGAUUGGAUCGCGUUAGAGGCGGUCGACAAAAGUACAGAAGGUCCGCGGAUCCUUACACGCCAGUCAAGAGCGCCACGCUAGAGGCUAACGUAACGUCAGGAGGUCCUACCGAAACGAUAAAGACACAUCGUGUCUCGUCUUUUGCAGAUAACAAGUUGGUCGAAGCCUUGGCAGCUUGUGAACCAGACAUGCUUCAAGUAUCCAACAUCCCUAGCACACAGGAGACAGACCAGAAGGUUCUCGGACAAUUGUCAGAUCUUUACGAUCGAGAAUUGGUUGGCAUAAUCGGCUGGGCCAAGCAGAUCCCAGGUUUCAGCAACUUAGCAUUAAACGAUCAAAUGCGACUUCUGCAGAGUACUUGGGCUGAGAUAUUAACUUUCACUCUAGCGUGGAGAAGCACGCCGAAUAGUGGCAGAUUGAGGUUUGCGCAAGAUUUUACAUUAGACGAAAGAAUUGCGCGUGAAUGCCAUUGUAUGGAGCUCUACACACAUUGUAUUCAAAUCGUCGAGAGGAUUCAGCGAUUGGGUUUAACACGGGAAGAGUACUACGUGUUGAAAGCAUUGAUCUUAGCGAAUAGCGAUGCUAGAUCGGAUGAGCCGCAGGCGCUUUACCGUUUUCGUGAUUCUAUCUUGAAUUCUCUGUCGGACUGUGUGGCGGCGGUGAGACCGGGUCAGGCCCUCCGCGCUACGCAGAAUAUGUUCCUAGUGUUGCCCAGUCUCAGACAGGCCGACGGGAUUGUCAGACGAUUCUGGUCCAGUGUGUACAGAACAGGCAAGGUACCGAUGAACAAGCUGUUUGAGGAGAUGCUCGAGAACGUUUGUAACCGAUGAAAUACGCUUUGCAAAUUCGAUAACUUGAUUAUUCGUCGCCUGUUCAUGCGUUGUUUACCGAAAGUUGGCGAUAUUCAUCAUUAUCGUGAUUAUUAUUAUUAUCAUUGUACAUCGUUAUCGAAUACGAGAGCGUUUGGUGUCGAUAUGUUUAAUGAGUGAUAGUGCGUGGGAGAAACGGAGUUAUCGGUUUUUCUACGAUAACUUUUAUUUUCUAAUGGACUCACGAAUCUAUUCUUUUCUUUUGCGAACGGAAAGAACGUUGAAAGCGGAGGUUUGGCUAAUGUCUCCGGCGAUCAUCGCGAAUCGCGAAUCGUUCCAGGACGGUAGGCGCAUAGUUUUUGUUUGAAGUAUCCAAACUUUCCUUUUUGCGAGUACCCCAUUUACAGGUACAAAAAGAAAGAAAGAAAGAUGUAACUUUUAUGUCGGAACAUUCAGUACAAGAUGCGAGAAGACUUUUUUUUUUAAAGUACUCAUCUUAGAAUAGACGUGUGCGGAAACCAGUGAUCGGCUUUAUUGUGGGAAUAUCAAGCAUAGUGUUUCCGUUUGAUUUCAUGAUCGCAACACCGAACCGUAGAAAUCGGAUAAGCUGUAGAUAACUGUGGGUGUUUAAUAUAUUGUACUAAUGAUAUCACUAGUAUUCGUGAAAGAAUACUUUAAGAAUCAACAAUCAAAAUUAUUGUUAUUGAACGGCAUUUUCUCUUGAUUUUGCUAUUCUUUUGAUCAUUGUUAUUUUUUUUUCUUUCGUUCAAUUUUGGCGGGGCAGCGGGGGGAAUUACAAUCCUCCUCCUGCGUCUUUGUCAUGCGAUGUACAUUGCCUUGUUUACGUUAGCACUUGUAAUUAUAAUAGCUUAAAUGUGAAAAAGAAUUGAGUAAUAUUAAUCAAUAUGUUUGUGAUAGCUGUAUUAUAUAACAUCCAUAGUUAUAGUGAUGUAGAAAUACACACAUCUUUGUACAUUAUAUCUUAGAAUAUUUCUUUGUACAAUAUAUAAAUGAGAUCGAAAUUAAUCAAGUGUGAAAAAAUGCGAGCAGAAGAAAGAUGACGAUAAAAUGACCGAAUUGUUCUCCCAAGUCAGGAACAUACCGCUUUUAAGCAAUUCGGAAUUUUUAUCAGAAAUGUAUCUUAAAGAUGGAUUAUUGGCCAGGUUAUUGCCAUAUUACCGCGAUUUUGUAAGCGGUCGAAAUGUUUAUCCGGUUGUGCAAAAAUGUGUCUGCCCGUGCCACGCAAAAAAAAAGAGAAAGAACAAGAAAAAAUAUAUAAUUAUUGCUAAUAUAAUUAUAUUAAUAUUAUUUUUACUAGCAUAUAUUAUUAUUAUUACAAUCAUUAUUAUUAUAUUAAUAUGCGAUUAAUAUUAUUAUCACCAUUAUUUUAUUAUAUAUUCAGGGAUCUUUAUAUAUUAUCUAGUUAUUACCAAUUAUAUUAAAUUGUUACGAAAAUCAGCGAAUAUAUUUGUGUGCAUAAUAUCAACUUUGAGUUAACGUUGCGCAAUCAUAACGCUACAUAUGCUUUUCACGAUAGAGAUUUUUAAGAGAGGAACGAGAGCCAUAUGUGAGAAAACGAGUAAGUUUUAUGGAGCUUUAUAUGUGACAACCAUUGGUCGCGAAGUUAUCACGGUUUAUCUAUAUUCCAAGAUGUUUGGAAUAUCACUCAUUCUAUCAACCGCGUUUUUAUGUAAAAAAAAUUAUUUAAGUUAAAAUUAAAAACUAAACAGUGAACCACAAAAAAGCAUCCGUUCAAAUAAAUUUUUGUUUAUUUUUCACUCUGUUGAUGAUUUUUUAGAAUUAAAAUUAAAUGGCGAUAUAUCUUAAAUUGAAAUUCAUUGGUGAUUUCUAAUAUCGGAGAGCGAACGAAAAACCGUGUAGGCUUCGUAUUUACAUCGCGAGUCUAUCAUAGGCAUAAAGUGCAAUAAAAGCGAGAUACGUGCAGUUCAUCUUUCUUCUUAACGACAAGAUGAUGUCGACUUUGUUUUCCUUUGAUGGAACGUCAUGCGAUUGUUCUAUCUUCCGUUUAGGACUUACGAGCGUCUUUCUUUCCGUCUUGUUCGAAACUCCUCUCACACUCAAAUGGAAAAUUAUGAUAUUUUUGCGUUUUCUCUUUAUGUCGACGAUUUUGUUCAAGAUUCUAUCCUUUUGUAUCCUUUACUAAAUUCUGCAAACUAAACUAUGAUCCUACUUUAGUCACGACAAAACGAGUUGUCCCGAUUAAUUACUAGGCAAUUGUGCAAUUUUUGCUAUCUGAUAUGUAUCGCAAAUCAACCCCUCUCUCUCCCAAUUGUGUCAGCGCGGUUUUAAAGACGUUGAUAUGUAUUAGAGCAAAUAUUUUCACAUACAUCUCCAUCAAAGAAAGAUAAAAAAAAAGGAAAAAAAAUGCGUUAGAUAUUUUUAUGCAACUGAUCUUCAUGUGUACCGUUGAAUUAUGAGGUUUCAUACUUUUUCGAGCAUUUUCUUUGUAUAUACAUAUGUAAUCAUAUCGAUUCGCCGUGGCGGUAGAAUCGUAGUCUCAGGGUUGCGAAUAAGCAAACACGAUACAAAAACCUAGACACAUACAAAUAGUUAAGCGCGUGUGUGCGAGUAUAUUUGUCAAAUAUAUAAUAGUAGUAAUAACGAUAAAUUUAAUAGGAGGGAAAGAAUAGUACGUUGAAAAGAGCGGUAUGUUGUGUAAUUAUAUAAAAGUUCGCGAAGAGAUGGCAACUAUUUGUUACACUGAAAUGAAAGGACAACAAAUAUAAAAGAGAAAGAGAGAUAGAAUUAAAUGAUAAAAAAAUUAUAAUCAUUAUGCUAACGACAUUAGGGACGAUUAAGCUUUAAUUCUCGCAGUAGGAAGGAGGAGGUGUGCUUUUAAAUCAUCGAACUUCGUAAAGAUCGCGUUCUCCAUCGUACACUCAAAAGGGACAUUCAAAAUUUCAAGUUUCUUUCGGAUCAGAUUGAGAUUGAGAUUUGUUAUCAUCGAGAUCUCGUAUUAAAGAAUGAUUAAGGAUACAUAUAUAAUUUAUCGUUAUCGUAUAAAAAAGUUUACUUGAAAAAUGUGGCGAAAAUUUUCUCCUGGGGGGAAAGCUUUGUGAUAUGAUAUGAGAUUCUCUCUUUUUCCGACAUCCACAGAUGAGAACAUGAUAAUCGUUAGCAUUUAUAUAACAUGGUUAUACAAGUUUUGUUUGACGAUACGCGGGGUUUAUUCUUGUUUUUUUAAUUUACGUCACGAGAACAUAUCUAAAAAUGUAUUAUAUUUUAUGUAUAAACAUAUAUUUACGAAAUAUGGUGAGAAACAUUGGGCUGACACUUUUUAUGUAAAACAUUUUUAUCACACGCGAAUUAUUUGCAAUAUAGGCUUGAAUCGUUACAUUAUGGUCUCUUUAAGUCCUUUAAUUAAUAGUAUUAUAAUAAUUAUAAUAUUCAUGAAAUAUUAUAAUAUUACAUUUUUUGUUGUUGAGUCUCGUGUCUUAAAUAAAUCGUCGCUUUACUGCCUCAAGUCCAUUGAUGUAAAUCGCAUCUGUAAGAAGAGAGAGAGAGAGAAGAGAGAGAGAGAGAGAAAGAGAGAGAGAGAGAGAGAGAGAGAGAGAGAGAGAGAGAGAGAGAAAGAUGCUAUGCUUCUACGAUGAUUAUAAAUAUGUAUGUAAUUUACUUUGUAAUUUUAUGUGACUUUGUAGAUUCUCGCUAAAUAUAAUUUUUAUAUAUGUGCGCGUUACAAAUGCGAAAAGAGCCGUAAUUUGGUGUACCUACAAAAACUGGUGAGAUCGAAGAGAUACUAGUAGCAUCAGUGUUGUCGAUGCGAUAAUGGAAAACAGCGCAUCGUGGAAUUUCGUGAUUAAAAUAGUUUGUAUGAGAGAAAGAGAAUACGUCCGUACAUGUGUGUUGUGUGUAUGCGUGUGUGUGUGUGUGUUUAAUUAAGAUGACGAUAUUUACAACGAGAUACAGAAAAUAAAUCGACAAAAGAUACGUUGUAUGGAACUACCUC